GUGUACUGAUUUUGUGUGUUUAAACCCUAUAAACACACAAAAAUGGAGACCUAACCAUAAAAGACUGUCACCCCUUCAUCCCCUCCCUCUCUCUCUAAAACCCACUUUCUCUCUCUAAAACCACCACCCAUCCACCAUGCCAUUCCUUCUCCUCCUCUUCUCCCUCCUCUUAACCUCCCAUCUCCACCACUCCGCCACCGCAAAGCCACUGCCGGAAUACAAAGCCCUUCUCUCUCUAAAAGCCUCCAUUUCAGACGACCCACAAGCCACUCUCUCAUCCUGGAACAUCUCCACUUCUCACUGCACUUGGGCAGGCGUCACUUGUGACUCCCGCCGCCACGUCAUCUCUCUAGACAUCUCCAACCUUAAUCUAACAGGAACUCUUUCUUCAGACAUCGGUUACCUUAAAAACCUAGUUAAUCUCACCGUCGCCGCCAACCAGUUCUCCGGUCCCAUUCCGACAAACAUCUCACUUCUUACAAAUCUCAAACUACUGAACCUCUCUAAUAACAUUUUCAACGACUCGUUUCCGACACAGAUUUGUAAAACCCUCCAGUUCCUCGAAAUCCUCGACUUGUAUAACAACAACUUAACCGGUGAUCUCCCAGUUGAUGUUUACUUCUUGUCUAAUCUCCGACAUCUCCAUCUCGGCGGGAACUUCUUUUCCGGCACCAUCCCGCCGGAAUAUGGCCAGUUUCCGUUUCUCGAAUACUUAGCCGUCUCGGGAAACGAGCUAACCGGCGCUAUCCCGCCGGAAAUCGGGAACAUUUCUUCGCUCCAGCAUCUAUACAUUGGCUACUACAACAACUACUCCGGCGGGCUCCCGCCGGAAAUCGGAAACAUGUCGAAACUCAUCAGGUUUGAUGCAGCCAACUGCGGGCUCUCCGGGGAGGUGCCGCCGGAGAUCGGAAAGCUUCAGAACUUAGACACAUUGUUUCUUCAAGUUAACGAGCUUUCCGGUGGCUUAACAGCUGAGCUUGGUGGCCUUAAAAAUCUCAAGUCCAUGGAUCUAUCGAAUAAUAUGUUUACCGGUGAAAUACCAAGCACAUUUGCCAAUUUAAAGAACCUGACGCUACUGAAUUUGUUUCGAAACAAGCUUCACGGUUCGAUCCCCGAUUUUAUAGGGGACUUGCCUGAACUGGAAGUGUUGCAGUUGUGGGAGAAUAAUUUUACGGGAAGUAUACCGCAGAGCUUGGGGAAGAAUUCGAGACUUCAGAUUCUCGAUUUGUCUUCGAAUAAAUUGACUGGAAUGCUUCCACCGUUGAUGUGUUCGGGGAAUAAGUUGGAGACUCUGAUUACUCUUGGGAACUUCUUGUUUGGUCCUAUCCCGGAAUCACUUGGGGAAUGUGAGUCGUUGAGUCGGAUUCGAAUGGGGGAGAAUUACCUCAAUGGCUCUAUUCCGGAAGGCCUUUUGAGUUUGCCUCAGCUUUCGCAAGUUGAGCUUCAGGAUAAUCUUUUGUCUGGUGGAUUUCCGGAGACUAGUUCCAUUUCUGCCACUCUUGGACAGAUUAGUUUGUCGAAUAAUCAUCUGACUGGGGCUUUGCCGGCUAGUAUUGGGAACUUUUCGGGUGUUCAGAAGCUUUUGCUGGAUGGUAACAGGUUUUCGGGGCGUAUUCCUGCUGAGAUUGGGAAGUUGCAGCAGUUAUCGAAGAUUGAUUUGAGUCACAACACUUUCUCAGGGGAGAUUGCUAAAGAAAUCAGUCAGUGUGGUUUGUUGACGUUUGUUGAUCUUAGUAGGAACGAGCUUUCGGGGCAAAUACCGACUGAGAUUACAGGUAUGAGGAUACUUAACUACUUGAAUUUGUCGAGAAAUCAUUUAGUAGGAAGUAUUCCAGCACCUAUAGCUACAAUGCAGAGCUUAACAUCAGUUGAUUUUUCGUAUAAUAAUCUCUCUGGUUUAGUUCCUGGUACGGGUCAAUUUAGCUACUUUAAUUACACUUCAUUCCUUGGUAAUCCUAAGCUUUGCGGUCCUUAUUUGGGACCUUGCAAAGAUAUAGCUGCUAAUGGAACACAUCAGCCUCAUUUCAAGGGUCCGCUCUCGGCUUCAAUGAAGCUUUUACUGGUUAUUGGACUGCUUGUUUGCUCUAUUGCAUUUGCUGUCGCAGCUAUUAUCAAAGCUAGAUCACUAAAGAAAGCAAGUGAUGCUCGUGCGUGGAAGCUCACUGCUUUCCAGCGCUUGGACUUCACAUGUGAUGAUGUUCUUGAUAGCCUGAAGGAGGAUAAUAUUAUAGGGAAAGGCGGGGCUGGUAUUGUUUACAAGGGUGUCAUGCCGAACAAUGAACCUGUUGCUGUGAAAAGGUUGCCUGUGAUGAGUCGGGGAUCAUCCCAUGAUCAUGGUUUUAAUGCCGAGAUAAAGACUCUUGGGAGGAUUAGACACAGGCACAUUGUUAGGUUGCUAGGUUUCUGUUCAAACCAUGAGACCAAUCUAUUGGUUUACGAGUAUAUGCCAAAUGGCAGUCUAGGGGAAAUGCUUCAUGGCAAGAAAGGAGGGCAUUUACAUUGGGAUAACAGGUAUAAGAUUGCAAUUGAGGCUGCAAAGGGCCUUUGUUAUCUUCAUCAUGAUUGCUCACCACUCAUUCUGCAUCGUGAUGUGAAAUCAAACAACAUUCUGUUGGACUCCAACUUUGAAGCUCAUGUAGCAGAUUUUGGCCUUGCCAAGUUUUUGCAAGAUUCGGGUGCCUCGGAGUGCAUGUCUGCCAUUGCUGGUUCAUAUGGAUAUAUUGCACCAGAAUAUGCCUACACACUCAAGGUUGAUGAGAAGAGUGAUGUUUAUAGCUUUGGUGUGGUUCUCUUAGAACUUGUUAGUGGCAAAAAACCAGUUGGGGAGUUCGGAGACGGUGUAGACAUUGUCCAAUGGGUGCGAAUGAUGACCAACGGGAACAAGGAAGGAGUACUCGAGAUCCUGGAUAAGAGGCUUCCCUCAGUCCCCAUUCAUGAAGUGAUGCAUGUAUUUUAUGUGGCAAUGCUGUGUGUCGAAGAGCAGGCUGUGGAACGUCCAACAAUGCGUGAAGUUGUUCAAAUCCUAACAGAGCUCCCAAAGCCACCCAAUUCAAAGCAGGGAGAUGCCAACGUAACCGACUCCCCCCCUCCAGCAGCUGCCUCAGAGUCUCCAGUCAUGGCCGUUAAAGACACCAAAGAACAACCUCAGCUACCACCGCAAUCACCACCAUCUGACCUUCUCAGCAUAUAAAGAAAUGUACUGUUAGGGUGGGCUAUUUUUCUUUAGUUCCAAGUCUGUGUUUCUAAACUAGUAAUUCAGUAUUGUAAUUUUCUUCUCUUUUUUCGGGUUUUCAAUUGGGAGGAAGGGGGUUACUCUUUAGCUUUGUCAAGGUAUUAUUAGUGUUUGAUGAAAGUGUCACUUGCUGUACAGUAGGGGUUUGGUGGGGAACUUUAAUUAUAUGAAAUUUAUGUUUUUGCAA